GUACGCGCCCCAACUUUUGGUGGAAAAAUGUAUUUUUGGCAAGCGCAACCGCAUGGGCUAUCUCCAUGUGCUAUUCUAGCAUUGGUCCUUUGCCGGUGCGCCACUGAAAAAGUGAAAACGGUUGCUUGUGACAAAAUUACAUCCCCACAUGCCUGGUGUGAAUUCCGCCCUCGAGAUGACACGCUCAAUGCGGAACCGGUCCUUUUCAAGUCAACGUCUUCUGCGCUGGUUGGGCUUGAUUGGUAUUCCAUCAUUGAAGAUGACAAAGUGGUGAAUGUCGAAUUUUCGGACACAUUUAUUUUCAAAGCACACGCAAAUGUUCACCAAACGAGCUUGGAGAUGAAAUGGGCCUUGGCCAAGAAGAUAUUGCGUGGAGAACACGCAGUGAAUUCAAAAUUUGCAACCUACGUUCAUCAACAAUCACUGGUAUCUCCGACCGAUCCAAUUUUGGAAAAAAUAGCUCAACAUUUGCCGAAAUGGUUUUUGGAAGUGGUUGCACAGAAAGUCCUUUUCUGGCUUGGUGGCCCAAGGAAUCAUACAACAGGUCUUCAUUUCGACCCGCUUGACAACCUCUAUGUGGUUGUAAAGGGCUCCAAGGAAGUUCUUCUUCAUCCUCCAUGGCAUGCGGCAGAUUUAGGCUGUGGUGGCAGGUUGUUGAAGAAUUCCUUUCUUCUGGACGAGGACGAAACUCGUAUUCGAUCUGGUGAUAUGGACGUUGAAACCAUUUCCCAGUUGCAGCCCAGGUGUGAUGGUUCGCUUGGUAUUACCAAUUUGUCGGCGUUGGUUGAAGCUGGCGAUAUAUUGUGGAUCCCAACUGGGUGGUUUCAUACCCUCAGAAGCAGUGCCAAUGCCGUGGCUAUUAGCAUUUUUUACACGAGAAUGACUUCGAUCCCACAGCUUCUACUGGGUCUGUUGACACCGCACCAUUUGCUGCAUUCGGAGAACCCGGAUGUUGAUGACGCACAGGAGGCUUUGAGUGAAGAAUUGAGGUCCACUUACCCAGAUCUGAGAAACAACGAGACAAACCAAGAGAACGAGGAUGCUGAUGAUGAUGAUGAUGAUAUAGCCGAGGAGCAACAUGAUCGCAAAGUCGCUGCUGCAUUUAAUCGCCACUUGAAGCCAUUGUCCUCAGCACACCGUUCGCGGCAAGCGGCGCCACUUUCAGCGCAUAAACUACUGGGAAAACUCAGUGAUGCUCCCCUCCUGGUACAUCUGGCAAAAUCCCUUGCAAGGAAGCUGAUGCCAAAGUCCAGUAAAGCUUUAUUUCAGGUUGACUGAGAAGAUUGAGAGAAAGGACAAGGAAAUGCAUAUUCAUGUUCCAUCAUGUUCCAUCCAUUGUGGUCCAGUGACUAGGACUCAACAUGGCCAUGAUGGAGCUGGCAAAUCCCCCCCGCACACCUGGGCACAGACUGCCUUGCAUAGUUUGAGCAUGCAGAGCAAUGCAAGCACUCUUUUAGGCUGGGGGAAGCCGUUUGACACUGUCAGACGUUCUUUAUAGACAAACCGUAGCCGCAGCCUUGUUUCAACUUAAAACAUGCUGCUAUGAUGGCUAUGAUGCCAUGAUAUUUCAUGACACAUCUACAGUUCCCUGCCAAAAAAACAAAACAAGCCAGCUGUUUUGACUCCAUUGAGGCUGGUGGCAAGAAGUCUUUCCAGACUGUUCGCCUGGUAUUGGGAGAGGUAGUUGCACAGAGGCUGUACAGAAAGUGGCGAUGAUUUCUUCAGAUCCUUUACUGUGUAGAUGCUCAGAUCUGAAGGGCAGCGUUGAAUUGUGAUCUGCAUCGAUAUCAAAGUCUCAGCAGAAAAAGGAGAUCUUGACUGGUUCUCCUGUGGCACAGUGACUCCGACUCAACCACUUGCGGCUGGUUC